GAGGCGAGAAGCGCGAGAUCCCAAAAAAAAAAAAAGAAAAAAUAGAAAAAAAAAACAAGCGAGGAACAGGAGAAGCGCCGCGGCAGCUAGCUGCCACGUGGACCUCGCCGCCGGCGUCGCCGCCGCCGCCGCGCGUGGAUGCCCCCGCGGAGCCCGCGCCCAUGGCGUCCGUUUCGUCGUCCCCGUCGUACUCGUCGCAGGCCGCCGUCCUCCUCCUCCUCCACCAGCCGCCGCACCAGCACGGGCACGGCGGCGCGUGCCUCCGGUACCGCGGCUCGCAGUCGCAGGGGAGGGGGAAUGCCGUAGCUACGUCGCUGGGGCUCUCCGCGGCAGGGCGGGGCGGAGCGGGGGGCCUCCUCCUGCUGCCGCCGCUGCCCGCGCUGCGGGCGGCGGAGGGGAAGGAUGGGCGGGCCGUGACCAAGGAUGAGGAGGAGGAGGCGGCGGCGGCGGCGGUGGAGGAGGAGGGGGAGGUGGAGGUGAGGAGGGAGGAGGACAAGCCAGGGGACGAUGGGUCAAGGGAGGCCGCAGCGAGGGGAUCGGGGUCGGGGCGAUUCUCCGCCGACUACAUCUCGCUCGGCAUCAGGGAGCCCGUCUACGAGGUGAUAGAAGUAAAAUCUAAUGGGAGGAUGUCUACCAAAAAAAUAAGCCGGAGGCAGCUAUUGAAAUCAAGUGGCCUCCGCCUACGAGAUACCAGAAGCGUUGACCCAUCGCUAUGGCUAAUGAAUUCAAUGCCAUCCUUGCUGGUCCGUGAACAAGCCAUAUUAGUAAAUCUUGGUUCCUUGCGAGCAAUUGCUAUGCAUGAACGCGUUCUUAUAUUCAAUUACAACAGCCCAGGAGGAAAGGCCUUCUUAGAUUCAUUACUGCCACGGUUAAAUCCAAGAAAUAUCAAUGGUGGACCAGCAAUGCCAUUUCAACUUGAGGUUGUCGAAGCUGCCCUGCUUUCUAGAAUACAAAGGUUGGAGCGAAGGCUAAUGCGUAUCGAGCCUCGUGUGGGUGCUUUGCUUGAAGUUCUACCAAAUCGGUUGACAGCUGAUGUGUUGGAGCAGCUUCGUCUAAGCAAACAAGCAUUGGUUGAGCUGGGUUCACGAGCAGGUGAUCUCAAACAAAUGCUUAUUGAUCUCCUAGAUGAUCCUCAUGAAAUCCGUCGAAUAUGCAUAAUGGGAAGAAAUUGCACGCUCGACAAAUUAAGUGAUAACAUGGAGUGCUCCGUUCCUUUAGAGAAGCAGAUUGCUGAAGAAGAAGAGGAAGAAAUUGAAAUGUUGUUGGAAAAUUAUCUUCAAAGAUGUGAAUCAAUCCAUGGUCAAGCAGAGAGACUUCUUGAUUCUGCAAGAGAAAUGGAAGAUUCAAUUGCGGUCAACUUAAGCUCCCGGAGACUUGAAGUAAGCAGAGUUGAGUUGCUUCUUCAGGUUGGAACAUUCUGCGUCGCCAUAGGAGCAUUAAUUGCAGGAAUAUUUGGCAUGAACCUUAAAUCGUACCUCGAGACAAACGCGUGGGCAUUUUGGGCGACAACUGGUGGAAUAGUAGUUGGAGCAGUGGCUGGAUUUUUCAUCAUGUACUCAUACCUAAAGACUAGAAAGAUAUUGUAAAACUCUGUAGCAUUCGGUACUCCUAGGAAUGUAAAUAAUUCGGUUUUGAUCUCAUUUUGAAAGCUAUUGAUGGAGGCACGUACAGAUUCAUAUGAGAUUGCUUUGAUGCUCCCACGAAUGCUGUCGUGGGCGUCGGUUCUGAACUUUGGACCAAGCGUUCGCUGCACGCCUGAUGAAGCUAGCAGCCUAGCACCAAGACCAUAGUAUUUCGCAUCUCUUACAUAAAGCCGUGGCGGUUUUCAUGACUGCACUGGGUGAGAGUGCUGAACAGUGUAACUCUAGAUUGAUCAAUGUUACUGAUUAUCUUUGAAAAUAUUUGCCUGGAUCCAA